GCGCGCCGCGGUGCUGCGCUCGGGCUUCCGAGCGGCGCUGGGCGAGCCCGAGUCCCUCCGCGCCCCGCGAUCGGGGGGCUCUGCACGGGGUCACUGCGCCAGCCGAGCCGCGCACCCUCCGCGCCUCCCGCCAGCCACGGACAUGGACAUGAAGAAAAGGAUCCACUUAGAGCUGCGGAACAGGACGCCCUCAGAUGUGAAAGAGCUCGUUCUGGACAACUGCAGGUCGUACGAAGGGAAAAUCGAGGGCCUCACGGAUGAGUUUGAGGAGCUGGAAUUCCUCAGCACAAUCAACGUCGGCUUAACCUCAGUUGCAAACUUACCAAAGUUAAACAAACUUAAGAAGCUCGAGCUGAGCGACAACAGAAUCUCAGGAGGCCUGGAAGUGUUGGCAGAGAAGUGUCCGAACCUCACGCACCUAAACCUAAGCGGCAACAAAAUUAAAGAUCUCGGGACAAUAGAACCUCUGAAAAAGUUGGAAAACCUGAAGAGCUUAGACCUGUUCAACUGUGAGGUGACCAACUUGAACGACUACAGAGAAAACGUGUUCAAGCUGCUGCCGCAGCUGACGUACCUGGACGGCUACGACAGGGACGACAAGGAAGCGCCGGAUUCCGACGCCGAGGGAUACGUGGAGGGGCUGGACGACGAGGAGGAGGAUGAGGACGUUUUAUCCCUAGUGAAAGACCGGGAUGACAAGGAAGCGCCGGAUUCCGACGCCGAGGGAUACGUGGAGGGGCUGGACGACGAGGAGGAGGAUGAGGACGAGGAGGAAUACGAUGAUGACGCUCAGGUAGUGGAGGAUGAGGAGGAUGAGGAGGAGGAGGAGGAAGGGGAGGAGGAGGAUGUGAGCGGAGAGGAGGAGGAGGAUGAGGAAGGCUACAACGACGGCGAGGUGGAUGACGAGGAGGACGAGGAGGAGCCUGAGGAAGAGCGGGGUCAGAAGAGGAAACGAGAGCCUGAGGAUGAGGGGGAUGAGGACGACUGAGCAGCUUUUCCCUGGAAAAAAUUCCCUCUUGUGAUUUGACUGUUUUUAUCCCGGAAUUCCCCCUUUUCCCACUCCCGACCCUUUGGAUUUCCUUUUCUUUUCCUGGUUUUUUUUUUUUUUUUUUUUUUUUUUUGGUUUUUUUUUUCCGGAUUGUAACGUUGCUGUGGGAACCGAGCGGGAGCAGCGAGGGUGGGAAGGGAAUAAAAUCCUAUUUUUACUGCC